AUGUCAUAAACAAAUACCAAUCAUACUAUUAGUGGUAGAAUGAUAUUACAUUAAUCAUAAAAAUAAUAAAAGUCACAUCCCUACUUUAAAGAUACAAGAGUAAACUCAUGUUCCUACAUUCACAUGAAAAAAGGAAACCCUUAUGUAUCAGAUAAAUAAAUACAUAGGCUAUUCCCUUUUAUGAAAUUGCAAAUAAGGGAUAAAUUGAUUAUUAGAAUAAAUCUGUUUGUGUUACAUCAACUUAUAGUGAUGAUUAUAAACCAAAACCUAAUUUACAUGUUGGAUCUGAGAAGAAAACUUUAUUUCCUUAUACUAUGGGUUCCUUUAGAUCUCGAUUACCUGAACCUGAUGCACCAAUUUUGACUAAAAAUGCAUCACAAAUAGAAAUUGGAGAUAGACAGUAAAUACUUAUAUAUAUAAUAUAUUGAAGUUUUAAUGUAAAAAGACAUUUCAUUAGUACUGCUCAUAAUGUUUAUGGUAAUUUUGGAAAAUUUGGCAAUGUUUCUAAUCCUGGGAUACUUGCUGAAAAAACAAAAUGGCAUCAUCAUUUACAAUAAUUAUGA